AAAAUUUUCAGUAUUGCUCAUUUUGGUGUUGAGCCCAUCAUGGCGCAAAUCAAAAUAAGCGUGUCUCAGCAUUUUGUACGAGCACUGUUGGUUUAGCUCAUAAUUCACUGUGCAGUCAGUUGGAGAUCUCACUUUUCUUUUAAAUAUUUGCAUGUUUAACAUGAUGUUGAAGAAGAUAGACACGGAGAGAGAUCAAUACUGUGAAUGAAACAAAAUCAAGGCAUAUAUAAAUUCCCAUAUCAAGCUAGAAACAAAAAAAACCGAGUUUCCAACUAUGGCCAGCCAAGGAAAAUGUGUGUCAUUCUCAAUCCUUCUUUCACUAGUAGCUUUGCUAUCUUUCUGCAAAGCUGAUACUAGUAAAGAAGUUGAGGCUCUUCUAAAAUGGAAGGAUAGUCUCCCAGAGCAGUCAAUUUUUGAGUCGUGGUAUUUUCCAGUGCAUUACAACAAUUCUAGUACUCCUCCAAGUCCAUGCAAAUGGUUUGGCAUAACCUGUGACAUGGCAGGAAGUGUAACUGCAAUAAACCUGGCAUAUACAGGGUUAAGAGGUACGCUUCAAAACUUAGAUUUCUCCUCCUUUCCAAACCUUCUUCGCCUUGAUCUUAAAUUCAACAAUCUCACAGGAACCAUACCACCAAACAUUGGCAUGGUUUCCAAGCUUCAAUUCCUUGACCUUUCUACGAAUUCUCUCAAUGGCUCUCUCCCACUUUCUCUUGCUAAUCUCACUCAAGUUUAUGAGCUUGAUGUAUCCCGGAACCAUAUAACUGGGAUAUUUGACCCUUUUUUAUUCCCUGAUGGAUCUAGUCAGUCCAAAAAAGGUCUUGUAAGUAUGAAAAAUCUUUUAUUCCAAGAUAAUCAGCUUGGAGGCAGAAUUCCUGAAGAGAUAGGAAACUUGAAAUUCCUGGUUCUACUAGCUCUAGAUGGGAAUUAUUUCAAUGGUCCUAUUCCUCAGUCUUUGGCUAAUUUGAGUCACUUGAGCAUUCUCCGUCUUGCCAAUAAUGAACUAUCCGGACAAAUCCCGGCUAAGUUGGGAACUUUAACCAACUUAUCGGAUUUGCGCUUAUUGACUAACCGCCUUUCAGGUGUUGUACCUAUUGAACUUGGAAAUCUUUCAUCUUUAACUGUUCUGCAUCUAGCUGAGAAUAACUUCACCGGCCAAUUACCACCUCAAGUGUGUAGAGGUGGAAAACUUGUCAACUUCAGUGCAGCUCACAACAGUUUCACCGGUCCAAUUCCAAUAAGCCUUAAAAACUGUCCAAGCUUAUACAGGGUCAGGCUUGAAUAUAACCAGCUCACAGGCUACAUAGACCAAGACUUUGGUGUGUAUCCCAACCUUACUUAUAUUGAUUUGAGCUUCAACAAAUUGCGAGGUGAGCUUUCAUCAAACUGGGGACAAUGCCGGAAUUUAACACUGUUCCAAAUAGCUGGAAAUAUGAUAACUGGAAGAAUACCAGAUGAGAUUGUUCAGCUGAGCCAGCUAGUGAAGCUUGAUCUUUCUUCCAAUCAGUUGUCUGGUGAGAUACCGGAAGAUAUUGGAAAUUUAUCCAAGUUGUCCUUGCUAAACCUGAAAGAUAACAAGCUUUCGGGUAAUAUAGCAUUAGGGAUUGGAAAAUUAUCCAACCUGGAGUUCUUAGACCUUUCUAUGAACAUGCUAAGUGGGCCAAUUCCAGAUCAAAUAGGGGACUGCUUAAAGCUUCUUGAUUUGAGUUUGAGCAAGAAUCAGCUCAACGGUACAAUCCCGUUUCAAAUUGGUAACAUGGUGGCCUUACAAGAUUUACUAGAUUUGAGUUGCAAUUCACUCAGCGGGCAAAUACCACCCCAGCUUGGGAGGCUAAAAAGUUUAGAAAACUUGAAUCUCUCCCACAACAAUCUCACUGGUUCAAUCCUUGAUUCACUCAGCAACAUGGUGAGCAUGACGGAUAUCAAUCUGUCAUACAACUAUUUGGAGGGUCCUCUUCCUGCUGGAAACAUCUUUCAGUCAGCUCCGCCGGAGUCAUUCAGCAACAACAAAGAUUUAUGUGGAAAAAUCAAAGGUCUUCGCCCCUGCAAUGGCACAGCAAUGGAGGAGCAAAAAGGUGACAGAAAAAAGAAUCGCAAACUUUUAGUUGUAAUUGUUUCUUCUUUAGCAGGUGCAGUGUUAGUUUCACUUAUCGGAAUAUAUGCAUUCCUUUUGAAAAAGAAAUCAUUAAAUCAUUUGAUGAAAGUUGAGCAUUCCUCAAAGGGAAAAGAUCCAUUCUCAAUAUGGUAUUUCAAUGGCAAAAUAGAGUACGAAGACAUACUUGAAGCUACUAAGAACUUCGAUGACAUGUACUGCAUUGGGUUGGGAGGGUCUGGGAAGGUAUACAGAGUAGACAUUCCUGGCUAUGAUGUCUUAGCAGUAAAGAAACUGAAUUUUCAGGCAAGAGAUUACUCAGAGAUAGAGGAUAUAAAGCAUCUUGGGAGCGAGGUGGCGGCAUUGACAGAAAUCAAGCAUAGAAACAUUGUGAAACUUUUUGGAUUCUGUUCUCAAGGACAACAUACAUUUUUGGUUUAUGAGUUCAUUGAAAGAGGAAGUCUAGCAGAUAUGUUGGGAAGCGAGAAGGGUGCAGAGGAGUUGGAUUGGGUGAAGAGGAUCAGAGUAGUGAAAGGUGUAGCACAUGCUUUAUCUUAUAUGCAUCAUGAUCAUGUGCCACCUAUAAUUCAUAGAGACAUAUCAAGCAAAAAUGUAUUGUUGGACUCAGAACUUGAGGCCCAUGUUUCGGAUUUUGGCACAGCAAGGUUUUUGAACCUUGAUUCCUCAAAUUGGACUGAAGUUGAAGGUACAUUUGGAUAUUUGGCCCCAGAGUUUGCAUUUAGUAUGGUAGUGACAGAAAAGUGUGAUGUUUAUAGUUUUGGGGUUUUGGCACUUGAAGUUGUAAUGGGCAAACAUCCAGGAGAAGAAGUUUUGAGUUUUCAAUCAGGGGCUGUGGGAAGAAUCCAAUACAAAGAUAUUUUGGAUCAUCGUCUAUCACCUCCUGAAAGUCACAACAUUGGUGUUGAAUUAGCUUCCAUUGUGAAAGUUGCUGUAUCAUGUUUGAGUCCCAAUCCACAAUCUCGUCCUACCAUGCGAACGGUCUCUAAUUUGCUCCAUGUGUAUGCCGAUUGCCCGUGACUGCUGGAAAAAUCUUUUUAUUUCUGUUUUAAUGUUUUUAAGAUUUUGGAUGAAUGUAUUCAAGGAUCUUUUAUGCUCGUAUUUUGCAUAAAUAUGUGACUGCAAAUACAAGUUCUAGUUGCAAACUUGCAAUGCAAAAGCAAAUUUA